CCUACAUAGAUCAGGUACCCGCUACAACCAAGGUGUACGGUAGUCGAUAAGGAAGACGGGUAUGCUGCCCCACCUGUGUGAUCGUGAGAAUAUUCACGCUGGUUAUUUGUGGAAACAUUUCAUCACAUACAGAGAUGGCGACCUCACAAAAGGGAAUAGAAAAUUGUCUGACAUGUGUCAAAUGUCACGAGAUGUUUGACAAGCCCUGUACACUUGUGUGCAAUCACACCUUCUGUCGGAAAUGUGUCGUCAACUACACCAAGACCAGACCAGAAGCCAUCAGAGCCAAGUCCCUCCUCUGUGCAUUCUGCAACAAGAUGACGAAAGUGUCUGCUCCUGAGAGACCAGUGGAGGAGUGGGCGGAUGACGUCAAACCUAGCUUUGUCAUCCAGGGACUCUUGGACUCAUUUGGUCCGGAUUCUACAGAUUCCACUAAUUGCGGUUAUUGUAGAGAGGAAGGGGAGACAACUCAGACUGUUGUUUGGUGUUCUGUCUGUGAUGAUGCAAUAUGUGAGCGGUGUGCAAGGAUGCACAAACGUAAUCCAGCUUCCCGCCAUCAUGAGUUGCAUAACCUGUCAGGAGAGGUCAAGGUCACGAGACAACGAAAGCUCAUAUGUCACGAACAUCAGAAAGAAUAUCUUGAAGCUCUCUGUAAAGAUUGUAACAUUGCAAUUUGUCAUAAAUGUUGCACUUUCUAUCACAGAAGAUGCGCCUCAAUUGUCUCGAUCGAGUCCGAAAUACCAGCCAUGAAAAUGAAACUGAGCAAGAAGAAAAGAGGGUUGCAAAAUCGUCAAAAUGAGACAAACUCACAGCUACCAAAGCAAAAAGUAAACGUGAAUAAAGAAACAGUUCGGUAUUCCCAAACAGAAGCAGACAUCAAGACCGCCAGUAUUGAAUUAAUACAGCAAAUAAAACUAAAGGAACGGAAACUUCUGGAUGAACUGAAAGAGAUGUCAGACAAACACCUUGGACAACUGAAAGCAGACAUAAAGUCAGGUGAGAUGUCAGUACAGAUGUACCAACAACAGGCGGAGCUGAUAGACCAGGCUCUACAAUCUGAGUGUGACAUGGAUGUGUAUGAGAUGUAUCAGGGAUGUGAGGCUGGUGAUGUGGAGGCUGUCGGAGACGCAGACCUGAAGGAGAGGGGAAGAAUAGUCAAGGUCAUUUUCAGACAAGACAGAUCACAACACAACAGCCUCCUGGGCGUCCUAGAUGUCAUGUAUGAGGAUGUGUUGGGCCUGAAUACCACUCACGAAUUACACGACUCCAUGGACGUCAGAUUAUCAGACAGCGAGAGUGCAGCAGGACCUACCGAUGUGGCAGUGCUGGUGGUGAACAGCGAGGACACAGUUGUCGUCACAGACUACGACAACAACAACGUGAAGUCCUUCUAUACAACGAAGAGCUUGCCACAUCACGGGGUGUUAGAUCUUCACAGUGGCCCAUGGGGUCUGACAGUUCUGACACAAACACGUGUAGCUGUAACAGUGCCAGACACAAAGCAGAUUGUAACAGUAGACGUCAACCCUGACCUGGUGCUUCUGUCCACAAUCACAACUAGCAAACAGUACAUGGGGAUAACUGCUCUGACACCAUCAACACUAGCAGUAGGUGCCCGGUCUCCUCCCUGUAUUGAUAUCCUGGACAUGACAGGAAACGUGCUGACGUCCAUCAGUCCACUGCACAAUGGUCGGGACAUUUUAAAGUAUCCCACUUUCCUAUGUACCACCAGGACAGGGAACAUCCUGGUGUCUGAUGGUGAAUCCAACUCGGUGAUGUGUCUGACCCCCGGGGGAGAUGUCGUGUUCAACUACAGACCUACAGGAGACGCGGCCAUGGGGUGGCCGUGUGGUAUAACGAGUACCAACACAGGCGACAUCCUGGUUACAGACAACUUGCAGCGCAGAGUUCUACAUCUGACUGAAACGGGUCAGUUUGUUAGGGACAUUUUAACAUUACAAGAUGGGGCUGAGGAUCCAUAUGGAGUUUGCGUAGAUGGGAGUGGGCGGAUAUACGUGUGUCUUCGCAAUACAGGAUUUAUAAAUACAUUCAAAAAUAUAAACUAAAUGUAAGCUUUAGCGGUCAGAAAAAAACGUAAAUUGUGCAAUGCAAAUCUUUUCAACAAAUGCUUUUAUAGAAUUGUGACAUGCAUUGCCAUACGUGGUUUGCGGUAUAUAACAGUUAUCAGUUAUUCAACAACUGACCUCGUUGACAUUCAAGAGACAAUACCUAUGGCGAUUAAGUAGCUCCGACCAUGUGCGGUCCAACUGGAUAUUGUGAAAAUGCUCUUUAUACAGUGCCACUCUAGCUGUAUCUGCAAGGAGUUGGGUUUUAGUGGACAUUCGCUACUACACGUAUAUGUUUUUCACUCGAGCAUUGUACUGUGUUCAAAGACAUAGCCUAGCACCAGAACACGGUUAGCCAGUUCAGUAGAGCUGUACCUACGACGGCUAUAAUCUUAUCAUAGAAAUAGUCAAUACAAGAGAAUAGCCAGACUAAGAUUAUCCACCGACACAGAUUCCAUUUGGCGUAAAUAGCUGUAAAAAUAAUAUCAAUGGAUCACUGAAAAUCAGUGAUGACACCAGGUGUUCGGGAAAAGGGAACGAUGUCCUGCACUUCCGGUAGCACACACCAUUCACACAAUUUCCAUAAAAAAGUAUAUAAGUACGUCACAGUGCCUCUCAAGCUGUAACGGCAACGAGUUGGGUUCUCGUGCAGCCUACCUACCUACCUACUGGAAAAGUCUACACAGUGCCUCACAACAAAGAAUAGUCCACAUGUUUAUAUAACACACUAUCACCGUCCGUGAUAUACCGGACCGGAAUUUUACACACCACUCAAGCAUCUAAAAAUAGUAACUUCCUCACGACUGCUUACAUUAAAUAGUACUACAUUGGUGACGACUAAUUGUAGUCCAAACACAAUGCAAUGAGCGUCUACCGAAUCUUAAUAGAAACAUUUUGACUCUGUUACAAAUCAUUGAUCAACAGAAUAAUAACAGAAUUGUCGGAGGUGUGUUUCGAGGGCAACUGUAUCAUGUCCAUAGUGGGACCCAGGACAAGAAAGUUCACCUGAAUAUCUGAAAUGUGUUCACCUGAUAUUGCGGUCCCGUAUUUGAUUGCAUUUUAUUUAUCUAAAACUGUAAUUCGGUCUUCGAAAGGCUUUUAAAACUGAUACACAUGAGGAAGAGAAUUUAUGGAUGUCCAUUGCUAAUCACCAUCAGCGCCAGUCAUCAGUUGUCUUCCCUUGUGUCUGCCCUUUGUUAUUUUCCACCUUUUGUUAUGUUUCUAAUUUUGUUGUCCUUACCUGUACAUAUAUAUCCUCUUUGCCUCGUGGCUUUCGUUCACCUGAUGAAGGAGUAAGCAUAUACUCCAAAACGUUGUGUUCCUCAUAAUAAAGAAGUUGACAUCCAUAAACUAUCUACCUUAAAACUGUGAUGUGGUUCCAACUCCGGGCACUGAGACGGGAUGCCGACAAUUGGUCAACCUUGCUUGCUUGUUUGUUGUUUGACGCCGCGCUCCGCAAUAUUCCAGCUAUAUGACGGCGGUCUGUAAAUAAUGGUGUCUGGACCAGACAAUCCAGUGAUUGAUAACAUGCGCAUCGGUCCAAGCAUCUGGUUCCCGGCUGUUAUCCAUAAUAAUAAGGCUUGGGUUGUUUAGAUUGAGCAGUUGCUGAUGUUCGAACCAGUCUAUGAGCACAUCACCAUUAUCAUCAGAUCAAAAGUGUGUAUUGGAUAGAUUUCAUGAAAUUGCUGCGUCUGCUAAUGGUAAACCUCUGGACAUCUGUGGUACUAUACAAGUAUGGAUCAAACUUUGCAAUUUUGAGGUUGUACAGAGAAUACUUAUAUGCAAGGACUUGUUUGAUAGGUACAUGUCUCCUGCCACAAUUAAAAGUCUGCAUUGAUUUAGACAAUUUUGAAUUGAGAACAAGAAGAGGAAAGACAAAAUCUACAAAGAAGACGAUGUGAAGGUGUCUUUAGCUAAGACUGUUGUUGUGAGGAGAGACAUCUAUCACGUGCAGAGCUGGAGGAAGCUUCAUUACGCGUUAAACAUAUCUGGAAAUAGAAAUCACCAAGAGAUUCAGAAUGAUGUGUUGUGUGUGUACUCAGACAAGGGAGAGAAUAGAAAGUUGAUUGUCUUGAAAAAGGUUUCACAAAAUGUACACAGCACUGUAACUGGUGGUCACUUGAGAUUUGCAAAGACACUGGAAAAAAUUAAGCAAAGGUAUUGCUGGCCACGGAUUGACAGUGUGGUGGAAGAUUUUUGCAUUCUUUGUCAAACACGGAAAGAUCCAUAUGUGACGCCUUAUCUCUGCCUCUGUGACUCCUUAUCUCUAUCUCUGUGAUGCCUUAUCUCUGUCUCUGUGAUGCCUUAUCUCUAUCUCUGUGAUGCCUUUUCUCUGUCUC